GCUCCUCCCCUUCGCCGAGGGAGAGGCCGCUGCGCAGCAACAGGAGGAGGCGGAGGAGGAAGAAGGAGCAGCGGCGUCGACGAACAGCUUCUUCAGCCGCAGCCCCGAGGCGGAGGAGGAGGAGGACCACCCGCCGCCAUGGUGAAGAUCGCCUUCCAGUCGCCCUUCGCCCACAAGGACGAGCCCAAGAAGGAGGCCGCGGAGGCGCUGGUGGCCGACAAGGAUCCGGAAGUUGCAACACACGGCCAUGAAAAUUCAUCUGGAAGAUGUCUUCUGACACUCUUGGGUCUUGCAUUUAUUUUAGCAGGAGUAGUGGUUGGUGGAGCAUGCAUCUACAAGUCCUUCAUGUCAAAGAACAAAGUGUUCCGGGGGCAAAUGUGCUACGUGGGAGAGGACAGCCAGGACCGUGCGGGGGAGCCGUAUUUCCUGCCCAUCGCUGAGGAAGCUGACAUCCGUGAGGCCGAUAACAUUGCCAUAAUCGAUGUUCCCGUUCCCAAAUUCUCAGACAGUGAUCCUGCUGCGAUCGUUCAUGAUUUUGACAGGCUCCUUACAGCCUACCUUGACUUGCAGCUGGGCAAUUGCUACGUGAUCCCUCUGAAUACCUCCAUUGUUAUGCCCCCACGGAAUCUGAUUGAUCUUUUUGCAAAAUUAGCGACUGGUUCAUAUUUGCCUCAGACUUAUCUUGUUCGUGAGGAAAUGGUCGUGACAGAAGAGAUUGAUAAUGUUUCAGAUCUGGGCAUCUUUAUUUAUCAGCUCUGUGUAGGAAAGGAAACCUUCAGACUUCAACGCAGAGAGAAGAUAAAUGGCCUCCAGAAACGUUCGGCUGAGAAGUGCCAUUCAAUCCGGCACUUUGAGAACAUGUUUGUCGUGGAGACCAAGAUCUGCCAGCAGUGAAAGCAUUUCAGGGCGGAGACUGACAAUCGCGCAUCUUCAUUGCGAAGUCCAAGCUUUACAUCUUAAGAAACUUCAGAAUUAAAAAUGUGCAGUGAUAAUCAAAAGCCUUAUGCUUUUUUUUCCCUUUUGUGAAUUGCUUAGAUUUUAAAGACAAAAAAAGGGCAAACACCCAGAUUCUCCAUCGCUUUUCCUUUGGCUCCCAGGUGCUGCCGAAUUUUCCAGAUACUUAUUGUAAAUGGAAACUUACUGGUACUUGAUGAAAUACCAAUUAGUCACCUUGAAUGUCUAUUUCAGACUUUAUUAUCAAAAAGAAAAGCAAAAGCACAUGCACCCGGCUCCUUGCAUACUCAUGUUAAUCCUCACCUGACUCCUCACAACAUGGUGAAACUCAUGCAUUGAUCUCUGGUUUGCACAUUUUUGCUUAGAUUUGUAAAAUUGUUCUGCACUUGGUUUCUGCUAUAGAAGAAAAACAACACACAUCGGAACUUCUAAGGUUUAGUUGAACUUUAUGUGUGUAGCAUGUAAACUUUAACCUUGGUAAUCAUAAGCAGCUAAUAUUGCUUUCUUUUUCCAUUUUGUGCAAUUACUGUAUUGAACAUGUAUGUAUAUUUGGAACCUUCCUUAAAGCUGACCUGGCUACCUUCCUCCCCCCCCCCCCCCCCCCCUUUUCUUUUGUUUUUGUGAUAUUUAGUUGUAUAUCAAAGCACAGGUAUUCCUUAAAGCUUUUAUGUUUAGUAUUUUGAUGAUGCUGGACUAGUUUCAGCGUCUUAAAUAUAUGAUGAGCUUAAUGUAAUGAUGACCGGAUUUGGCCCAAUUGUCAAUGUUUCCAUAGCUGUGAAUUCCCUCCCGGCCGAUCUUUACGAAACUUUUAGAGCAGAUCUUCUUAUCAGCAAAUUAGCACCAAUAAUGCAGUAUUGUCCAAGCAGAUGACUGUGGAACACGAUGGGAAAGGGAUGGCUAGCGCUGCUAAUGUGAGUGUUUUAUAAGGGACUUUAUAUUUCACACGAUCUUGCAACCCUCUAAUAAAUGUUUCUCUUAAGACUA